GGAAAUGCACCAUUUGUGAUAGAAAUUAUUUUCUUUUGACAAAAAUGUAUGUUCUAAUUUCCCUGACUUAAUCAGUAUGGGUUUAUUGCACUGAUAUUGAUUUAUAUUUAAGAUGUAUGUAUGGGUAUCCAUUCUACUAUGCCAUAUCAAUGGGAGGUGGAAAAUGGACUUGGUUGGUCAUGUAUCCCAGAGAAUGAGGGCAUUGAGAGAGACUACUGUGACCCAGCAAAGACAGAGAGCCACGGAAUACCACCGGUGAACUUUAUCCUCAUGAUCCGCGGUCACAGCAAAGUUCGGCGACUUGCUACGGUUUCCUCCCUGGACCAACCAGAAGCUGCCCUUGCUACCGAGUGGGCUUGGUACUGGGAAGAAGAGGAUGAAUGCUGGAACGUAUUUUGGUCAUCAACUAUGGAGGACCUAGAGAGGGUGUACAGUGAUCCCUCUCUUGGCUCAGUGUUUGAGUUCACUGCUGGACGACACACCUAUGAAGUCAAUUUGGAAGACAUGAUCCAGAGUAACAAGAGCUCACACACCCUAAGACUGGUAAGAAGACGUCCGAUCUUCAAAUCUCCCAGAGAUGUUCAGAGAGUAAUUUGCAUGUCUAAUACCAACACUUCGAUUGUGCCAUCUUACUGGGACCAGUCUCGAUUGCCUGGGAACGGCUUUGAGAUGGUUUUGUUGCCAAGCUCAACAGCUGAACACAAAGACAUUAAGGCCUGUUUUGAGAAAACCGCUGUGGGGUUUCACAUACUCACCAUUGAGAGAGUACAAAACCUUUACCAAUGGAACUUCUAUGAGCUGCAAAGAGAUCAGAUGAAAUCCUCAGGGACAAGCAUCAUGGAGAAACAGCUUUUCCAUGGAACUGUCUCUGAACAUGUUGACAGAAUUUGCAAAGACAACUUUGACUGGAGAGUAUGCAGAAACAAUGACAUUCCCUAUGGAAAAGGAAAUUACUUUGCCAGGGAUGCUAGUUACUAUACCAGCCAGUCCGGAGUGAGGUCCAUGUUUGUUUGUCGUGUGCUGGUUGGAGACUACACUGUGGGAAACUCCAGCUGUCGGACACCACCUCUUAAAGAAACAGGAGGAUCCAUCGCCUAUGACAGCUGUGUGGACAACAUCCAAGAGCCGCAUGUGUUCGUAGUUUUUAAAAAGUCUCAGAUUUACCCUGAAUACCUUAUAAAGUUUUAAAACCAUGCUCCCAACCCAAAUCCCUUGGUUUAACCAAACCCAACUGCCAAGCCAAAUCCUGCUUAAUUGCCAAAACUACAAUGGCAGGGGGAGCACAGGCUUUAUAAGGAUGAGUCUUGUCCUUGAGGCAGAACCGAGCAAUUUCCACUAGAUGGGCCAGCUGCAAAGUUAAAAUUGGCUAUAUUAUAAUUAAUGAAAACAAAAAGUAGCUUUUUGGUCAUAUUUUAAGGUUAGGGUUAGGUAUAAUGGUUACCAAUGUGGUUAAGGUUAGGGUUAAUACAUUUUAAAUCAGAUUUUAUGACUGUGUAUGUGUCAGCUGGUGAACACUCUGCAGAGCUGCCUACAGAACAAAAAAUGCUCACCUGCAUGGCGGCUUGACCCAGAGACAUCAUUUCCAUGGGCACGUGUCUCCUCAGAUAUGUUCAAUAUACACUACGAAUGCUGAUGCUCCAGAUACUCAACUAGUCUAAAGAAGGCCAGUGUUUUUGCUUCAUUAUUCAAAACAACAGUUUCAGCUGUGCUAACAUAAUUGCAAAAGGGUUUUCUAAUGAUCAAUUAGCCUUUUAAAAUGAUAAACUUGGAUUAGCUAUCACAACGUGCCAUUGGAACACAGGAGUGAUGGUUGCUGAUAAUGGGCCUCUGUACGCCUAUGUAGAUAUUCUAUUAAAAAUCAGCUGUUUCCAGCUACAACAGUCAUUUACAACAUUAACAAUGUCUACACUGUAUUUCUGAUAAAUUUGUUGUUAUUUUAAAUGGACAGAAAAUGUGCUUUUCUUUCAAAAACAAGGACAUUUCUAAGUGACCCCAAACAUUUGAAUGGUAUAUAUAUA